GCUGUGGAAUGUUCCUUUAGUGCACUCAUGAAUCGGAAGCAACGAAUCGGAAGCCAACUUCAGCGUCGUUCAAAUGUAAAUAACGAGAGGACGUCCUAGAGAUCCGAGAAAAUGGCGAAUCGCAGUAAGGAACUGGAAGACGAGAUUUACGACAAGGUCGUGGAUCUAACCGAGUACGCCAAGCGUCAACGAUGGUGGAACCGUCUUUUCGGAAAGAACUCUGGUCCCAUAGCAGAAAAGUAUUCUGUUGCCACGCAGAUUGCAAUCGGAGGAGCGAGUGGAUGGUGUGCAGGUUACCUCUUCCAGAAGGUUGGAAAAGUGGCAGCCACAGCUGUAGGAGGAGGUCUGCUGCUCCUCCAGAUUGCGAACAACAGCGGCUACAUCCAGGUGGACUGGAAGAGAGUGGAGAAGGAUGUCAACAAAGCUAAGAAGCAACUGAAGAAGGAAACGGACAGAGCAGCUCCAGAGCUAAACACAAUUUUUGAAAAGUCCACAGAGUUUGUGAAGAAAAACAUUGUGGUGACCAGCGGCUUCGUUGGAGGGUUCCUGCUGGGUCUGGCUUCCUAGGCUGAUCUUCUCAACUCCAGAUCAGUGCUGGGGCGUUUCUACUGCAAGCGGCCACUUUCACUUCAGCUUUUGAUGUCAGCGGGACAGAGCAACACAGCUGAUCAAUGAUUGGGUAAAGGUUCCUCACUGGCAGGGGUUGCUUCAGAAAGUACAAUAAAUGCAGUUUUUUUUCUUUUCUUUGCAUCAUUUAAGCACGAUAUAUGAAGGUAUUUAUGAUAGACAGCUGAAGGACUAUGUUUGAUUUUUAAGGAUUUCAUAUUUAACCAACUUAUGUUCUCCAUGAACUUUAAUCGUUAUACAUUAUUACAGGAAGGAUGAGUUAAAGAGGAACCUGUUUAGACUAUCAAAACUUUUACUCAACUAAAGGAUUCCUGUCACACAGAUUUAAUUUUAAAAUCAAAGUAAACCAGAAUGUUUUCUAUUUAUUUAUUUGUACCAAGCUGAUAUUAUUCCAAACGUUUGCACUCCGUUUCUGCAGUGAGUGGCAGAGACCCUUUUACCCUGUUCUCCAUUAUCGUCAUUGGAUCUGCAGGCGUCAGUCAGCUUAAGAGUGGAAGCUUGAACAUUCAUGUAAAGUGCUACAUGGGUCAUCAUGUCUGCCUGCUCUGCCUCUUGUGUUUUUUGUUGUUAUGAUGAAUUUAUGAAGACUGAAGACCUAUAAAUCUAAAUAAAACAUCUCCAAAAAACAGAA